AUGGUGCGUCUAUAUCAGGGCUGCUGCAUAUAUACCCCGAUCUAACACAGCACAUCUCACCUUCUUUACCGCAAUACCCCGUGUAGUAGGGCAUGAAUGGCACGUGGUGGGCAUAGAACCCGAGCCUGGCACUGUGGAUUAUGAUUUAUUCUGCCCGGACUCUUAUUAUACAGGAAUUGAUGUGCUUGCAGUUGUCGGGUCAUUAUGCUGCUGCACCUGUGUAGUGUUAAGAAUUUGUACCAAAACAGGUUCCUUGGCCUGGCUGCCAUGGCCUCUCCCUCGAGGAACUCACAAAACAGGCGCCGGUGUAAAGAACCUCUUAGGUAUAGCUACAAUCCAGACCAGUUCCAUAACAUGGACAUCAGGAACAGUCCCCAUGAAGGAGUAAGCAUACCAAGAUCCACAAGUGACACUGACCUGGUCACAUCAGACAGCAGAUCAACUCUGAUGGUCAGUAGCUCAUAUUAUGCAAUAGGACACUCACAGGAUCUAGUUAUCUACUGGGAUAUAAAAGAAGAAGUGGACGCUGGAGACUGGAUUGGCAUGUAUCUUAUUGAUGAGGUGCUGUCAGAGAAUUUCCUGGACUACAAGAACCGUGGUGUGAAUGGAUCACACAGAGGUCAAAUUAUUUGGAAGAUUGAUGCCAGCUCUUAUUUUGUGGAAUCUGAAACGAAGAUCUGUUUUAAGUACUACCACGGAGUGAGCGGCGCUCUGCGGGCUACAACACCAAGCGUCACUGUGAAAAACCCAUCCGCACCAGUUUUCAAAACUAUCACCCACGAGGACACUCCGCAUGGCCAAGGAAGCCGCAGACUCAUCAGUUUUACACUGUCAGAUUUUCAAGCACUUGGUUUGAAGAAAGGGAUGUUUUUCAAUCCAGAUCCAUACUUGAAAAUAUCUAUCCAACCUGGAAAACACAGCAUCUUCCCGGCUUUGCCUCAUCAUGGCCAAGAAAAGAGAUCAAAAAUUGUAUGCAACACAGUCAAUCCUGUCUGGAAGCGAGAGUUGUUUAGCUUUGUAUCCCUUCCAACUGAUGUCCUGGAAAUUGAAGUGAAGGACAAGUUUGCAAAAAGUCGGCCAAUCAUCAAAAGAUUUUUGGGCAAAUUGUCCAUGCCUGUGCAGCGAUUGUUGGAAAGGCAUGCAAUAGGUGAUCGUGUUGUUAGUUACACCUUGGGUCGUAGACUUCCUACAGAUCAUGUCAGUGGACAGCUGCAGUUUCGGUUUGAGAUAACCUCAUCCAUUCACCCAGAUGAUGAAGAUGUCUCUGUUUCUUCAGAUCCAUUAGAAGCUACACCCAGUGCAAGUCCUCAUCAGUAUCCAGCUGAGGACACCGCUAACGGAUCCCAGAGAAGGACCUCAGUUGGCAUUGAAAAUCCGUGUUCCUCAAUGCCAAAUGGGUGCAUUACAACUGGUGUUAAUGACAAAAACUCUGUGAUGGAAAACAGGUCUACUAGUCAGACCAGUUUACACAAAAAUGCAAUAGAAAGAACAGGUGCUGACAGUCUUCCAGUGGAUGUAGCUGAAAACCCUGAACCCAGUGAAGCUGAGAGGACUUUACCUAUAGUUGUCAAUGAUUCUGAUCAAUGUCAUGGGGAAUCUAUCACAACGGAUUCUGAAGCCAAAGCAGAGAGCAUUGCAGAUGUUAAUGCAGAUAGCCCAGUUGAUAACACAGAUACAGUCAUUGUAGAGGAAGCAACUGUGUUAAGUGAGGGCUGCAAGGAUGAAGAAAAAAACCCAGAAGAAUCAGUGGACAUAUGCCAGGAACAAGAUUCUGAACCUAAACUUAGAAACAAAGUGAAGCGGAAAACCAGGCCAUGUUCACUACCUGUGUCAGAACUUGAAAAUGUUAUAGCAUCAGCCUGUGGAGAGCCUGAAACCCCUCGAACACAUUACAUCAGGAUUCAUAAUUUACUUCAUAGUCUGCCUUCAGCUCAAAUGAUCGGGGAUGGAGAAGAAGAGGAGCAAAGUGGUGUAGAUGUUGAUGAAGAAUCCACAGUUAAGGAGGUGUCUGAGAAGGAUCUUGUUAGUGAAACAGAAACUGUUAUGCCAGAUCCUUCCUCUGAGGUCGUAGGAGAUGAAAAUGAUGAUGUUGAAAACAGUAGAAGUACGUUCCCCCUUGAUAGUUCCAGUGAACACCUCACUAGCUGUAACCCCCUUUGUGUAGAUGGAGAGCUCCCUAGAACGGAAAGUGAAAGUGACUCAAGCCCAAGGAUUCACGGAGACCAUGACUGUGACACUUGUGACACCUCAUGUUACAGCACAUCCUGUUAUAGCACGUCCUGUUACAGUACUUCCUGUUACAGCCCUUCUUGUUAUGAUAGUCACAACCGCUUCUCCAGCCAUACUCGAUUUUCAUCAGUGGACAGUGCCAGAAUAUCUGAAAGUACUGUCUUCUCCUCGCAAGAUGACGAGGAGGAGGAGAAUAGUGCAUUUGAAUCCAUGCCUGAUUCUAAUCAAAGCCCAGAGCCAGACAGAGAUCAUAAUGAUGGUUCCAUCCAGUGGUCAGAUGAUGUGUCAGGCCAGAGUGGGAAUUCUGAAAGGACUCCAGGUGGUAUGGAUUCUCCUGUAGCAGGACCAUCCAAUAUGAGAGAAGGUGGUUGCCCUCUGCCAAAUAACUCUCCAGCAACACCACCUGUAAGUCAGCUUCCAUCUCUGAGGUCAGAUCACCAUCAUUACCCGACUAUAGAUGAGCCUCUGCCACCAAACUGGGAAGCUCGUAUUGAUAGCCACGGGAGAGUAUUUUAUGUGGAUCAUGUAAACCGAACAACAACAUGGCAGCGUCCAACCACGGCAGCGACACCGGAUGGCAUAAGCAGGUCUGGUUCCAUCCAGCAGAUGGAGCAGCUCAAUCGCAGGUAUCAAAAUAUCCAGAGGACAAUUGCAACAGAGAGACCAGAGGAAGAAGCCGCUGGUAGAAGUGAAAGAGUUCCAGGGGUUUGCGACUCUGAAACAGACCUCUCCCAGCUAAACACAGAACUAAGGAGAGAGGGUUCCAUGACACCUAUCAAUUCCCAGAAAAUUACCUUAUUGCUUCAGUCUCCAGCUGUCAAAUUUAUAACCAACCCUGAGUUUUUUACUGUGCUGCAUGCAAACUAUAGUGCCUACCGAGUAUUCACAAACAGCACCUGCUUGAAGCACAUGGUUCUGAAAAUUCGAAGAGACGCGCGGAACUUUGAACGCUACCAGCACAAUAGGGACUUGGUGAAUUUCAUUAACAUGUUUGCUGACACCAGGCUGGAGCUGCCACGUGGAUGGGAAAUCAAAACUGACCAACAAGGAAAGUCUUUCUUUGUCGAUCAUAAUAGUCGAGCAACGACAUUUAUUGAUCCAAGAAUUCCUCUUCAAAAUGGCCGCCUUCCCAAUCACCUCACACACAGGCAGCACCUCCAGCGGCUUAGAAGUUACAGUGCAGGAGAGGCAUCGGAAGUAUCCAGAAGCAGGGGAGCAUCUUUGUUAGCCAGGCCAGGCAACAGUCUGGUAACAGCGAUAAGAAAUCAGCACCAAAAUGAGGCAGUGCCCCUGGCUUAUAAUGACAAGAUUGUCGCAUUUCUACGUCAGCCCAAUAUUUUUGAGAUGUUACAAGAACGGCAACCAAGUUUGGCCAGGAAUCACGCGCUCAGGGAGAAGAUUCAUUACAUACGGACAGAGGGUACUCACGGGCUUGAGAAAUUAUCAUGUGAUGCAGAUUUAGUUAUACUGUUAAGCCUUUUUGAAGAAGAUAUCAUGUCAUACAUUCCACUUCAAGCUGCCUUCCACCCAGGGUACAGCUUCUCCCCUCGUUGUUCACCAGGAUCCUCACCUCAGAACUCUCCAGGACUCCAGCGUGCCAGCGCCAGGGCUCCAUCCCCUUACAGAAGAGAUUUUGAAGCCAAGUUAAGAAAUUUCUACAGAAAACUUGAAGCCAAAGGGUAUGGGCAAGGCCCGGGUAAAAUUAAGCUCAUAAUACGUCGAGAUCAUCUUUUAGAGGGCACUUUUAACCAAGUAAUGGCUUACUCACGCAAGGAGCUCCAAAGGAACAAGCUUUAUAUAACAUUUGUUGGGGAAGAAGGUUUGGAUUAUAGUGGCCCAUCUCGGGAGUUCUUCUUCCUUCUCUCGCAAGAGCUCUUCAAUCCUUACUAUGGUCUGUUUGAAUAUUCUGCCAAUGACACAUACACGGUGCAGAUCAGCCCGAUGUCUGCAUUUGUAGAAAACCAUCUUGAGUGGUUCCGGUUCAGUGGGCGCAUUCUUGGCCUUGCCCUCAUUCACCAGUAUCUGCUGGACGCCUUCUUCACAAGACCUUUUUAUAAGGCACUUCUGAGGCUUCCCUGUGAUCUCAGUGACCUUGAAUAUCUGGAUGAAGAGUUCCAUCAGAGCUUGCAGUGGAUGAAGGACAACGACAUCACUGAUAUCUUGGACCUGACAUUCACAGUCAACGAAGAAGUGUUUGGUCAGGUCACAGAGAGAGAGCUGAAGUCAGGGGGUGCGAACACACAGGUAACGGAGAAAAACAAAAAGGAAUACAUUGAGAAAAUGGUAAAGUGGCGCGUGGAACGAGGCGUAGUUCAACAAACAGAAGCCCUUGUGCGAGGGUUUUAUGAGGUUGUUGACUCUAGACUUGUGUCUGUGUUUGAUGCCCGGGAACUAGAGCUGGUAAUUGCCGGAACUGCUGAAAUUGACCUGAUAGACUGGCGCAAUAACACAGAAUACCGAGGAGGAUACCAUGAUGGGCACAUCGUAAUUCGGUGGUUCUGGGCAGCUGUGGAAAGGUUUAACAACGAGCAGAGAUUACGACUCUUGCAGUUUGUUACGGGGACAUCCAGUGUGCCAUAUGAAGGGUUUGCAGCUCUACGUGGAAGCAACGGACUAAGGCGUUUCUGUAUAGAAAAGUGGGGGAAAAUAACAUCUCUUCCAAGGGCACACACUUGCUUCAACCGAUUGGAUCUUCCUCCAUACUCCUCAUACUCCAUGCUACAUGAAAAGUUGUUGAUAGCAGUCGAGGAGACAAGCACCUUUGGACUUGAAUGAAUGGAUCCAGGAACUUCUGGUAUUUUUUCCCGACGGAUGACACCACCUUCCUAUUCCACAGACACGGGUUGUCGUUGUGGUCUUGUUUUCACAUUGCAUUUUUAUUUGUUUUUCCUUUUGGCAUUCUUGUUUCAAAAAGAGGCUAUUACUUAUAAACAUGCAUGGGGAACUGGUUCCCUCCAAGGUCCUAUCUUUGUGCUUUCUCCUCUGCCGAACUCAGCAAUCCACAAAAUCUGUAUGCAAUAUAUAAAAAAUAAUAAUACCACAUAUGGACUUUGUUCUCUGUAUAUCUCUGAAAUAAACAAAGAAUUCAGCUGCAUAUUGGACUCUGUACUCAAGGGCCAUUUUUUGUUGUAUAUUAAACUUACUGGCAGAAACCAUUUCUGUCAAAUGAUAAUGGA